CACCUGUCCUGCCCCGUUGGUCGUGUGCAUCAUUCCCCUAGGUACCAACAGCUACCUGGCUGGAAGCCGGUUGCACAUUCAGCGACCAUGUUGCUGAAGCCCAAGGACGAUGCGGGCGACAGUCACACCGACGCUGAUGUGCGCGGCCUUCGGAAGAUCCGAGCUCAGAGCCCUUGGACAUGGCGACCAUUGACGCUCAUUACCACCGCCGUCGCCCUCUUUGCGCUCUCUCUCAUCCUGCGGUCCUCUCUCAAGCUCCAAGUCGACCCUCAAGGAUGUGUCAUGUCGAUGAUGAGCCCGACCUACAUCAAGCUGUCGGGCUUCGACACGGAACACUCGCGCUUUGCGACAAAAUAUGCGCUGUACCUGUAUCGGGAAGAGGGGGUAGAUGAAUACACAAAGGACAACAUUGGACUGAGAGGUGCGCCGGUACUGUUCAUCCCAGGCAACGCUGGGAGCUACAAGCAAGUCCGCUCUUUAUCGUCCGAGGCCUCCCGCUACUACGCCAACGUUUUACGCCAUGAUGCUAGUGCCCUUAAAGAAGGCAUCAGGUCAUUCGACUUUUUCACCAUCGACUUCAACGAGGAUCUGUCCGCCUUUCAUGGUCAAACGCUGCUCGAUCAAGCCGAGUAUGUCAACGAGGCCGUGGCAUAUAUCCUUUCCUUGUACCACGAUGCAAAUCGACUCCGCCGCGAUCCAUCAUUACCCGACCCCAGCUCGGUCAUACUCAUUGGACACUCGAUGGGCGGGAUAGUUGCACGUACCGUACUCGUCACACCAAAGUAUCAAGCCAAUUCUGUCAAUACAAUCAUUACCAUGUCGACUCCUCAUGCUCGGGCCCCAGUCACAUUCGACGCAGAUAUCGUAUCCUUAUAUCAGCAGGUCAACGAGUAUUGGCGAGAAUCGUACCUGCAGAGAUGGGCAAGCAAUAAUCCGCUAUGGCAUACAACCCUGAUUUCCAUUGCUGGUGGCGGAUUGGAUACCACCGUUCCCUCUGACUACACCAACAUUGCCUCUUUGGUUCCAGAGAGCCAUGGGUUUACCGUCUUCACAUCGGGCAUUCCAAACGUCUGGACUGUCAUGGACCACCUGUCGAUCACCUGGGCUGAUCAAAUGCGCAAAGUCAUCGUAAGAGCACUAUACGAUGUUGUGGACGUCCGUCGCGCCGGACAAACGAAGCCGCGUGCGGAAAGAAUGAAGGUUUUCCGGAAGUGGUUCCUUACAGGCUUGGAGGAGAAUACGCCCAAAAACCUUCGAGACACCACACAUGAGGUUCUCCUGACUCUGAGUGACGGCUCAAGGUCAUCCGUGGCCAAAAGCGACAAUAUCACGAUUCGCCAAAUCGGAGCUCAGGACGCGAUGUCUGCCAUUCUUUUGCCAAUCCCGACCAUUGACAACACUACUGCAAAACGAUUCUCUUUUAUGACCGACCAACAAAUGGAUCCCCAGGGCAGUUUUGACAAGAUGGAGGUUUUGUUUUGUAGCGCAUUCCCUCUUGCAGGAGGGUUGACUUCCAUGCCACUGCCUGUGCAAUUCGACCUAUCUUCAGGCGAUGCUAGCGCUACCCGACUGGCAUGCAAAAAACCUGCCCGGGAUGGCAUUCAGCUCCCAGGUUCCACGAGAUUGUCUCAGCAUGCUUUUGAUCAGCCUCCUAAUCCCUUCACAUAUUUGAACUACGACCUCAGGGAUCUGCAGGAGCAUCAAUUCGUUGCCAUUAUUGACAAGUCCACCGAGAUCAGCAACAAUUGGGCGUAUGCAGAAAUCGUAUCAGAAUCCGACUCUGUCAUCAAGUCAGAUGUUGGUCUUCCGAGACUGCUUCUGAGGGGCCUCAACGUUGAGCUUCCCUCGACUCGACCCGUCGUUACAGAGAUUCGGGUCCCGUCAAUCCAGUCAAGCCUCUUGACCUACUCGCUUCAAGUUCGCCAGCACGGUUGUGGAGCAGAUACUGAACUAUUCACGCCACUGGUCCGACAACAUAUCGAGAACCCACAUGAAUCGAAAUAUUUCGUCAAUUUUAAACAAGGCGACAUCAACUUACACGGGGUUGCUCCCUUCAUGCCACCAACUCUGGAUGGCCGUGAAUGCGAGGCUGGUAUCGCAUUUCAGAUCUGGUCAGACCCCACAUGUAACUCUUCGUUGGAAGUUCGUUUGCGAGCAGACCCUAUCGGCAGUUUGGGCAAACUCGUGGUCAGAUACAGAACUGUCUUUGCGGCAUUUCCUCUGUUAGUCGUGGCCAUGGUUUUGCGCAAACAGUUCAGGGUGUACGACAACUCUGGAGUCUUCAUCUCGUUCUCCGAGAGUCUCGACCAGAGUCUAAGGCUACCUUUACCGGUACUGUUACUCUCCAUGACUUUCUUCGCCACCGCUUUCACGUCGGCAAGUUCCCACACCAGUCCGUCUGAGAGUCACCAGCAGAGGAAUGGCACCGCCAUCAAUUUUGCUCAAAAUGAUCUACUUCUUGGGUCACAAAAUACUUUUUUCUGGUUUCUCGUUCCUUUAGCAGGCCUUGUCAGCAUUGGAGCUUGCGUCGUCUUGAACUAUGCCGUUUUGGCCUUGCUCGAUGUUUUUGUCACAGCGUCUGGCUUGAUCUCCCGGCGCUACGUCAAGAUCGAUGAUGGCGAAAAAGGCGUUGCUUCUGCAUUCGUUGCGAGUACACCACGACGCCGAGCCAUCAACACGGCGGUUCUUUUAUUUCUCGUUGCGACAAUUAUACCCUAUCCAUUCGCGUAUGUUGUGGCUUGCAUUGUUCAGCUUAUGACUUGCACGCGGGCGUUGCGCUAUGCCAAAGAAACUAGAUCAGGGCCGGCGCAUAAUUUUUUCAACUACAGCUAUUCGAUACUCAUUUUAAUGCUCUGGGUGUUGCCUAUCAACCUGCCGGUGUUGGUUGUCUGGAUACAUAAUAUGGCGGUGCACUGGUUGACACCGUUCUCAUCCCACCAUAAUGUGCUGUCGAUAGCACCGUUUAUCAUCCUGGUCGAGACCCUGUCGAGCGGGAUGAUGGUGCCAUCGGUCAGAUCUCUCCGAUGGGCGACGAAUCUGUUGUUUUUUGUAUUAGCAGUGUACGCGGCGUUGUAUGGCAUGACUUAUGCUUACAGAUUACACUACAUUGCCAACAUCAUUGCUUUGUGGCUGGUUCUGUUGCAUUUUUCCAACUACCAACGGCACAUUACCACUUAGAAGGAGGAAUUGUGUUCUCAGUCACUUGUGAAAAUGAUCAAUGGCUCUCAAGGUUGAUUAGCAGCGAAAGAAUCUACAUUGUUCGGACAACCAAGGGAAUGUGUGGAUUUCAUUAUGACAGACACCAGACGCUUUGUAGAGGGAAGUGAUGACUGGUUUUCCCAUCCAAAGGAUCAGGGGGCAAUGAGCAUGAACUUGUACAUAAUGCUGAGUUUGAGACUUGGGGGAAAUGAACAUAUGCUGUCCUAAUGGUUGGCUUUUUCUUCUUCUAGGUGAUUUCUUCCUACAAUAUUGCGAAAAUGAUGA